GUCACUCCGAUGACGCUACAACUGAGAUCUCGCGAGACCUAGCGCGGUUUCCCAGCCAGAAGUGUGGUGGAGUGGUGUGUGUGCGCGACAGAGACAAGGAAAGAUGGCGACGCAGGAGAGCGAAGCAACUAAAGCUACCGUGAGCAACGGCGAGGUGAGCAGCAACGGAACUGCUGCAACAACAGAUGACCAGACUGUGCAGGCAGCUGGAAAUGCACAGGAUCCUCAGCAGCAGCAGCAACAAGCACCUAAUGCAUGGCAGGUCAUUAAAGGAGUGCUCUUCAGAAUCUUCAUAAUCUGGGCAAUCAGCAGCUGGUUCCGUCGAGGGCCGUCCACUCCCGACCCCAGCACACCAGCCGGGGCACCGAGCAGGAACUUAUUCCCCAAGGAGACCCUCAUGGACAUGUAUGUGUAUGUGUCCCAGGAUGAGGUGUUCUCUGACUUCAACAACACAGAAGCCCUGUUCUGGUUCCACAGAGACCUGGUCUAUGGAGACUGGACCACGGGGGAGAACGGAGAUGGCUGUUAUGAGCACCAUAAGGAGAUGGAGAUCCCAGAGACGGUGCAACAGAACGGUUCCUUGUACAUGCACGUCUACUUCACUAAAAGUGGAUUCCACCCAGACCCCAAACGCAAGGGGCAGUAUCGCAGGCUGGCAACCGUUCAUGCAACACGAAUGCUGAAUAAAUUCAAGCGAAGAAAAUUUCAGAAGACCAAGAAUCUGCUAACGGGAGAGACGGAAGCAGAUCCCGAAAUGAUCAAGAGGGCAGAGAGCCAUGGUCCAGUGGAGAUCAUCUCUCAUUGGCACCCCAACCUUACCAUCAACAUGGUAGAUGACCACACUGCUUGGGUCAAAGGCUCUGUGCCCCCUCCUCUAGACCAGCAUGUUAAGUUCGAUGCAGUAAGUGGCGACUACUAUCCCAUUGUGUACUUCAACGAUUACUGGAACCUUCAGAAGGACUACUAUCCCAUCAAUGACACCCUGAAAACACUCCCGCUGCGCCUCUCCUACUGCCCGCUGUCCUUGUGGCGUUGGCAGCUGUAUGCUGCCCAAAAUGCACGCUCACCAUGGAACUUCCUCCCUGAGGACACCUAUGAGCAGUCUGAUGAAGAUCAAGACUCUGUCAAGGUGGCCCUUCUGGAAACCAACCCAUACCUUCUGGGUCUCACCAUUGUUGUCUCCAUCGUGCACAGCAUCUUCGAGUUUCUUGCUUUCAAGAAUGACAUUCAGUUCUGGAACAGCAGACAGUCUCUAGAAGGCCUUUCGGUGCGCUCCAUCAUCUUUGGAGUUUUCCAGUCUCUGGUGGUGCUGCUCUAUAUUCUGGACAAUGAGACCAACUUUGUGGUGCAGGUCAGCGUCUUCAUCGGCCUCCUUAUUGACCUGUGGAAAAUCACUAAGGUCAUGGACGUCAGGUUGGACAGAGAGAACAAAAUCGCAGGAGUACUCCCAAGAUUGGUAUUUAAAGACAAGUCAACAUAUGUGCAGUCUUCAACCAAAAUCUACGACGAUAUGGCCUUCAGGUACUUGUCGUGGCUGCUCUACCCUCUGUUUGGCUGCUAUGCCAUCUACAGUUUAUUGUAUGUAGAGCACAAAGGCUGGUACUCAUGGGUACUCAGCAUGCUCUAUGGCUUCUUGUUAACCUUUGGUUUCAUUACAAUGACGCCGCAGCUAUUCAUCAACUACAAAAUGAAGUCUGUGGCCCACCUCCCGUGGAGGAUGCUCACCUACAAGGCUCUCAAUACCUUUAUUGAUGACCUGUUUGCCUUCGUCAUCAAGAUGCCCAUGAUGUACAGGAUAGGAUGCCUCAGAGACGAUGUGGUCUUCUUCAUCUACCUUUACCAGCGCUGGAUCUAUCGGGUUGAUCCCAACAGGGUCAAUGAGUUUGGCACUAGUGGAGUAGACCUCAACCAGGACAACACAGCAGCAGUAGACGCUGCUCCCAACGCAGCAGCCGCCGCCGUCACAGACAAACCAGAGGGGGAGAAGAAGAACGAUUAAGCAGGACCACGCCCUUAUCCGCCUCCUUGACCCUCACUGCUGGGGGCAAAGAUGACUUGUGGAAAUUAGGCAGGCAGAGAGGGGAGUUGUCGUUUAGCUGUCACAGACGCCACAAGAAAAAAAAAAAUGCAGUUCAACUGUUCCCUCUGAUUUCUGUGUGGACCCACAGAGAAUCAUAUUCAGUGUAGACUUGGUAAAUUCUUACUUCUGUUCCCCGCCCUCUCGUUUUGCAGUUCAAGUGAAGUAAAACAAAACGUGAUGUACUGUAUUCUGUAUGAUUUCUCAGAGGGUAAUAAUGUCUUGGAGUAGAGGCUGGGAGGGGAACAGGUCGCAGUUCCACAACUUUUUCUUUUUAUACAGGGAAGAAAGAGGCCAAGUGCAACUUUUGUUCUUUGUGUAGAUUCCUUGUGAUUUUUUUCUUUUCAUUCCAUGUGAGCACCAUCUUUCAGAUUGCCUGGAAACUGGUGAGUAGUGCUGGAGGAAACUGGAAAGAUCCUGAGCCACGGCGGAGGCCGGUUCCUGAAAAAGAGAGGUGGUGACUGGAAACGAGAUCCAACAAGACAGUUACUACUACCCUCAAUUUUAAACAAAUGGUUAAUGUUCUAAGCUUGAACAUAAAAAAUAACAGCCUUGUUGGUAUUAAUAUAAAUAUAUUAAUAUUGUCAAUGACUUAAUUUUUGUUUUUCAGUCACUGAAACAUUAUUUUGUAUUUCCUCAGACUGUACAGAAUCUCAGCUUGUCAUGUUAAUAAUACCGAUGUCAAACCUGUCUAGCCAAUAGCUAAUCUGCAAGUCUAAUUUUUAUUUCCCCCUCAGCCAGAUGACUGGUUUGCAAAUUGUUUCACGUUCACGCUCCAAAGCAGAUCACCUUGAUAUCCACAGUGGAGACGGGUGUCAGGUGUGUGCUGGAAGAUUGGCAGUGUCUCUUGUUUUAAUUUUGAGUGCUGUAAAUCCUGAAACAAAGAGGGUUCCAUGUUGGUACAUAUUAAAUUUUGAUUCAUUCAUGUUUAUAGUAAAACUUAUGUGUGAUUUAAAAUGUCUAUACAAAGCUUUUUUGAUUUUACUGGGUUGAAGAACAAUGUUUUUUUUGCAUGAACCUUAACUUUUAGUCUCUUUUGUUGUCUUGCUUAUACCGCAUGCAUAUUAUUAUGUGGUUAUGCCUUUCUACUCUCUGGAGGAUUGAGUUAUAGAUCGCAACCAGUGACCAAUUUCGUUCCUAAUUAUUCCUACAAUGCAAAAACUCCGACUCUUACCAAGCAUAACUUCUAGUCAAAACUAUCUCAUUACACUAAAGAUAGAUGGGGCUCA